GCAGGCUGCUGUGCAGCGCACCAGGUCGGGCGGCGCCCCCUUGCGCCGCGGCGCUCCGAGCACGCCUCGAGCUGGCUUUCCCCGGGGGCGUGUGGGCCUCAUCCGUUCCGCUGUCCCCGCUGUCCUCCGCACGGCGGGAAGCCCCAGCACCACCAUUUCCCCCCCCCCCCCCCGCCCCUUUCCUGUGACUACCAGGAAACAGGCGGAGCCGGCCGGGAAAGCGGAGUCAUCAGCUGAGAAAUGGCGUCACCGGAGACCCGGAUGUUCCUGGGACAGGCUCCGCUCCCUUUCCCCCCCGCCCCUGCCUUCUCCCGCUUCCUUCGCGCGCCGCCUCACAUGACCGCGCGCGGCUGCCGCCGCCGCCGCGAUGGGUACGGCACUGGACAUCAAGAUCAAGCGCGCCAACAAGGUGUAUCGCUGCGGGGAAGUUCUUUCUGGAGUCGUGGUCAUAACAAGUAAGGACACAGUCCAGCACCAAGGUAUCUCGUUAACAAUGGAAGGAUCAGUAAAUCUGCAACUUAGUGCCAAAAGUGUGGGUGUAUUCGAAGCCUUUUAUAACUCUGUCAAGCCUAUUCAAAUUAUUAACAGCACUAUUGAAAUGGUAAAACCAGGGAAACUUCCCAGUGGCAAGACAGAAAUUCCAUUUGAAUUUCCAUUGCACAUGAAGGGAAACAAAGUUCUGUAUGAGACGUAUCACGGUGUCUUCGUUAAUAUUCAGUAUACUCUACGGUGUGAUAUGCGACGUUCGCUGCUGGCAAAAGACCUAACUAAGACUAGUGAAUUCAUCGUCCACUCACUGUCACAGAAAGGGAAACUGAUGCCAAGCCCAGUAGACUUCACAAUUACUCCUGAAACUUUGCAAAAUGUUAAAGAGAGAGCUUCACUUCCAAAAUUUCUCAUUAGAGGUCAUCUUGAUUCUACAAACUGUAUCAUCACACAGCCACUAACAGGGGAGCUGGUAGUGGAGACUGCAGAGGCUGCAGUCAAAAGCAUUGAGCUGCAGUUAGUGCGUGUGGAAACCUGCGGGUGCGCGGAAGGUUAUGCCAGAGAUGCCACAGAGAUUCAGAACAUUCAGAUUGCUGAUGGGGAUGUCUGCAGGGGCCUGACAAUUCCUAUCUACAUGGUGUUUCCCAGGUUGUUCACCUGCCCUACCCUGGAAACAACAAACUUCAAAGUUGAGUUUGAGGUUAACAUCGUUGUCCUUCUACAUGAUGAUCAUCUCAUCACAGAGAACUUCCCGCUGAAGCUCUGUAGGAUGUAAAUAGCCAGAGGAGAAUCACUUCAGGAUAUACUGAAAAAGGACAAAAUUCUUCAGAGGCAAAGUGAAAUACUGUCCAUGCCUUACUUCAACUUAAAACACAUCACUUCUUUCUCCCUGCUGGUACUUCUUGUGCUUUCAGUUCUUUCUGAAUGCUGCCAAGAUUUUGCCUGCCUCACGGGAGCCUACAUGGAUGUAACCAUCCAGACAGCCUCGUCAGGUAUCUUUCUGAUGUUGAAGUAGUGGCUCUAUUUAGCUCUACAAUUUGUAGAAAUAUGUACUAAGUUUCUGUCUUUAUUUCAUUUUGUAAUACUUGUUCCAAAGUCCUUUUGAAGACUGCUUAAACCUAUAUAGAUACUGGGGGGAGAGUAUGGGGCUUGUAAUAUAUACUGAAUAGUGUCUUUGAAAGUUAAUAAAUGGUGCUACAACAA